AUGAUUAGGUUUAUUCUUAUACAAAAUAGAGCCGGCAAAACUCGCUUGGCUAAAUGGUAUAUGAAUCUUGAUGAUGAGGAGAAACAAAAACUUAUUGAAGAAGUUCAUGCCUUAGUCACUAUAGUUUAUCGUCGUUAUGCUGGCUUGUACUUUUGUAUGUGUAUAGACCUAAUGGACAAUAGUCUCGCAUACCUAGAAGCGAUCCAUAAUUUUGUAGAAGUCUUGAACGAACUGUUUCACAAUGUUUGUGAAUUGGACCUCGUCUUUAACUUCUAUAAAGUGUACAGCGUUGUUGAUGAAAUGUUUCUGGCCGGAGAAAUCCGUGAGACAAGUCAAACCAAAGUUUUAAAGCAGGAAACGCUCACUGCAGAACACAGACGUGAUAUACAGCCCUCAGUUACUUUUUUGUUUCUGUCUUGCACAUUCAUUUAA